UUGAUCCCAUUUAGCAAGCUAGACUGGUCAUCUGAAUGUUUUAGUUGGUCCUCCAAAUGGAAAACUGACAUGCAAAGCUUGCUGUGCAUAUAACUCUGUUCGAGACGGAAAAAAAUGAAUUUUCGAGUUAAUCCAACGCAAAAUUCUAAAUAAUAUUGCUUCAGACUUUGAAGCAGCGAAGAAUAAAAUCCGCAAGUUAUGUCGUUGUAUGUCAGAGAUGCUGAAAGCCUAUUGUGUAAAUACGGAUAUAAUAUUCAAUAUGAAGAUAGCAAAGUCGAACUCGCUCCACAGAGUUAUAUUUGUGCAACUUUGGAGCCACCAGGGUGCUUGACUCUCGGAUUUUCAGGCAGUUUGCACAGGACCGAUUUAGGAUGGAAGAAAGCUUCUGGAAUGAUAUACCAUUGUGAUCUCACAUCAUCAUGUGGAAUGUAUUGCCAGAGGCCAAACACCGUGGCGAGACUGCUAAAUAUCGACAUUCAUGAUAUCAUUGGCGAAGAACUCACGUCCUGCAAUGAAACAUGUUGCUUCGAACACAAUUGCAACGCGUCAUCAAGAUCUUUAUAUUCAUUAAAAACAGUUUAUUUUCUGUCUCUCUUCAUAACUUUCAUGUCUAGCUAAUGAAGAACUGAACUUUUCGGAAUUAUCGAUUGUUUGAUGUAGGCAAAUUUUGACGCACUCAAUAAUUUUUUUUUUGUUCAAAACAACUGGUAGAAAACAAAGAGUUGCCAAUCGUAUCUAAGAUUUCAUCUUCGACUGAUAUAGUUUGGUAUGCAUUUUCGUAUCAUGUUCGAAUCAGAAACAAACUUAAUCAAUUCACAAUAAUGUGUGCGUUAUGUUUUCAACACAUUUACAAGAGUUUUUAAUGUUUACCAUGUGAAUGCGUGUCAAAGUUUUGUCACGUCUUUUAUCAAAAUUUAAUUGAAUAUUAUAAAUAAUAAAAACAGAUAUGUAUUACCUCCAUUGAUUUUUUUGACUUCCUAUCGAUCAAUUUCGACUGAAGAAGCUGUGAUUUAAAACAUGAUUUACAUCAGCGCCAACCAAUCUUUGCUCCAAAAUAAAUUCCCUGGAAUUUUACAACAACUCCCGUUCAAGUUCUUAUGUUUUCACGUUUUUGAAAGUAAAGCGCAAACUUUUAAAUCUUGCAGUUAUCUAAAUAAAUAUCGUAAUGCAGCGACUGCUGCAGAAAAAUGUAAGAUGACCACCAAGAAGACAAAAUUGAUGUUGUGAAGUAUUUUUAUAAUCAUCUUGUCCUCUGCAUUGGUAA